CUAGAGAGCUACGAUUGUUCAAAGGAAUUGAGACUGUUAGAGACUACAGAGAAAUCAGAGAGAACGUUAAUGGAAGUGAAGCGGAGAACCGCUCAAUCUCUGGUGAAGAGGCUGAGCUCGGGUUCAGAGGAAAUCCAAAUCUCAGCUCUCUGUGAGCUUCGCCUUAUGUCCAAGCACGAUCCAGACAGUCGUUCCUUCAUACCCGAAGCAGGCGCAGUUCCUCAUCUCACCGAAACCCUCUACUCCUCGUCUCCCCUCGCCCAAGAGAACGCCGCCGCAACCCUCCUCAACAUCUCAAUCUCCAAUCGCGAGUUUCUCAUGUCGACGCCCGGCCUCCUCGAAGCACUCUCCCACCUCCUCCGCCUCCCCUGGGCUACCGCUGCCACCAACCAAGUUACCGCUGCAACCAUCUAUAGCCUCCUCCUCGACGAAGACAACCGACCCAUCAUCGGAUCCAAACUCGACAUCGUCGAAUCCCUUAUAAACAUCAUUCGUGACGGUUCCUCUCCUUCGAGGUCCAUCAAGGACGCCCUCAAAGCCCUCUUCGGCAUCUCACUCUGUUCUCUGAACCGUUCUACCAUGGUGGAAUUGGGUGCAGUUCCCGCGCUUUUCUCACUCAUAAUGAAGGAUGGGCGAAUUGGGCUUGUGGAGGAUGCGACGGCGGUGAUUGCGCAGGUCGCUGGGUGCAGUGAGAGUGGGGAUGCCUUCAGGAAGGUGUCUGGUGUUAGGGUUUUGGUGGAUUCAUUUUACCCGUCGACGGGAUCGAGUGUUAGGGCGAGGGAGAAUGCUGUUUAUGCGUUGCUGAAUUUGGUGCAGAGUGGAGGAGAGAGGACUGUUUCGGAAGUUAAAGAGGUGUGUUUGGGAGUUUUGGAUGGGAUUAUGGAUGUUGCAGAGAGUGGGAGUGCCAAGGCCAAGAGUAGGGCGACUGCGCUUUUGAGAGUACUCCAAGAAGGAAAUGAGGAUAAAGCGGAGAGGGAUCCUCGAUUUGAUUUUACCUUGGAUCGAUAGCCUUAGUUAAGUUACCUUCUAUCAAACUUUAAACUGUACAGAGAUUUUAUUUUUUGUUAGAUGUUCUUAGUUUUGUAUUCAAUUUUUUGAGUUUCUGAAGUAUAUCCUGUACAAAUUGGGCCUUUUAUUCGUACUUUCUGCUUUAUUGUGGAAUCAAUCCAUCAUUGAU